AUCAGGCUCACUUUUGCGAGCAGCAGCCCCGAUGGACACGUUUUCCGCCUGCCAGCCUUGUGGUUUCGCGACGCUUGUCCGUGCAGUGUCUGCGUGAGCGAGUCCUCAGGCCAGAAGAGGUUUGUGACCUGUGACGUCGACGCCAGCCCCGAGACGGAAUCCUGCAGAGUCCUCGAGGACGGCUCUCUCGAGAUUGUUUGGGCGCACGACUUCCUGCAGGGUGGCCAGCACCCUUCCGUCUACGACACCGAUUUCAUCCGGCGCCUGCUUCAGGAGACCAUGCUGCCGGAGCUAUACACACCAGCGCGGCUGCUGUGGGAUCGGGCCACCUUCGCACGCGAUAUGGACGCGAGGGCAAUAAGCUACUCCGACUGGAUGGGAGGCGGCCCUUCUUUCGCAAGAGCUUUCCGGGACCUCAUGAGGUGGGGUCUGGUCUUUGUCAAGGGCGUCCCCGAGACAGAGGCCGCGGUGCUGGACAUCGCCAGCAAGGUCGGUCAUCUCCAGUCCACCUUUUACGGACUCACCUGGGACGUCGUAUCCAAGCCCAACGCCGAGAACGCCGCCUACACCAGCGAGUUCCUCUGCCUGCACCAGGACUUGAUGUACUGGACGCCCGCGCCCAGGAUUCAGCUUCUACACUGCCUGAAAAACGAAUGUGAGGGCGGUGAGUCUCUCUUCAGCGAUGGGCUGCGGGCUGCGGCGGAGAUUCAGCUCAAGAACCCAGAGCAUUACCAUCUCCUGCGCACAGAGCCCGUCGCCUACCAGUACUCCAAGAACGGGAACUUCUACCGCCGGACUCGACCAGUGAUCAGGACACAGUCGAGCGCCUUGGAUGCGCCCCCGAAGGAUGUCAGCUGGUCGCCUCCCUUCCAGGGCGUGUUCCCCCCCGACCGCCCUGAAGAAGGGUAUCAGGCCAUGAACCAGAAGAACUGCCAGACCCUACCCGCCUGGCGUAGUGCUGCUAGGUCCUUCAGAGACAGCCUGGAGGCCGACAAAAACAUGCUCCAGUACAGGCUACAGCCGGGCGACUGUGUCGUGUUUGACAACAGGCGCAUUCUGCACGGACGCACCAGGUUCGAUACGGCGAGCGGACAUAGGCGCCUGCGGGGCACCUACCUGGACACGCAGACCCUGACAAGCGCGCUCACAAGACUGGUCAAG